UAAUAAGGAAUUGACGUAUGUUCCAGGGAGUGCAAAACUACGUAAACCAGGGCCAGAAUUCAUUGACGGUGUACUCCGGCACUAUCGGUGUUCUCACGCUACCCACGAGCUUGGGCAGUUCCCGGGCCUUGUACCUGGUCACGUUUUUGGGCUCAAACGUGUGUCCAGUACCACAGUACUUCUACAAGGUGGUGAUAGCUGAUCAUGGACCUCUGGUAUUCCUCAUAUCAAAUUCUAUAGCCGCUGUGCCAAGUGGCGUACCGUUUUGCACUGAUUUGGGCAGCGACGCCCAUUCUGGUAUCAGCUGGAACCGUAAAAGAUCCUUUGACCUGUGCUGUGACUUCGAGGAAUUUCAGAAAAAAGUUAGCUAUUUACAAUUCUAACUACCUAAGUAUGCAGAAUACAUUUAAAUAAAAAAUCAUAAUCAAUCAUUUUACAUAUAA